AUGUAUUUCUGGAGAUUAGAAGUCUAAGGUCAAGGACUCUGCGGUGUUGGUCCUUCUGGGGCUAUGAGAAGGCUGUGUUCCAGUUCCCUCUCCUUGGCUUGCAGAUGUCUGUCUACUCCUUGUGUCUCUACAUUAUCUUCCCUCCUUAAUCAUCUGUGUCCAGUUUUCCUUUCCUUUGCUUAAAUCAUCAAUCUGGUUCAGAAAUCCCCUCAUGACUCCAUUUGAUCUCGGCAGUAUAGAGACUAUUAUCUCUAAAUAAGUCCACAUUCUAAGGGUUUCAACAUGUGAGUUUUGAGGGACAAUAACCAGCCCAAAAGGCAGAGUAAGGACCCCUUGGCUGGGAAUUGAAUACUGAUGGCAGGUAAGAUGGUUCAGUGGGUAAAAGCACCUGUGUGGUGUUUUGAAAGAAAAUGACCCCCAAAGGGAUUGGCACUAAUAGGAGGUGUGGCUUUGUUGGGGUAGGUGUGGUCUUAUUGGAGGAAGUGUGUCUCUGUGGGGCGGGCUUUUAAUUCUCCUUUGCUCAAGCUGCUCCCAGUGUCACAGUCCACUUCCUGUUGCCUGCAGAUCAAGAUGCAGCAGCUCCUUCCCCAGCACCAUGCCUGCCUGCACACCACCACAUCCCACCAUGAUGAUAAUGGACUAAACCUCUGAACUAUAAAAUGUGAGCUCUCAACUACUGUUCCAGUGCCUGCCUGCCUGCCUGUCACCAUGCUCUCCACCAUGAUGGUCAUGAACUCACCCUCUGAAACUGACUGUUUUGCUGACUGCUAGAGCAGCAGGAUUGGUGUUCAAUGAAGAGCGUGUGGAUGCCGGCAGGCUGGCAGAUGAUAGGAGGAAAGACGGGGAAGACAGUAGUCACUCCACGGGAUUUAGGAUGCCAGACAAAGGCAGGGGGAGAACAAGAAGCUCACCCUCAUCAGUGGGCUGCAUUUGGCCUUCAGGAGCGAGAGCACAGAGCAGAGCUGGCCUGUUCCUCACCUGAGUUCCUCUUUCUUCCUUCUUGACUCGCUGCUGUCACCAUCCCUCCUUGUUGCAUUCGUUGCUGAUGGUAGCCACUUGCCUCCGUGACUAACAAUUCCUGGCCCUAGCUCAGUCUCCUGAGGAAGAAGGGACCUGACUCCUGAAAGUGCAAACUGUCCUCCACACCUGUACUGGGGCAGGCUGAACAAAGCUGGGUCCCAAUCGCGCUUCCUGCUUGUCAGCCUCUUGCCUCCUAAAUGCAUAUGGUUUCCACUUGAUGUCAUCACGCAGAAGGGGGUGAAAGGGACGCGUGACAGAUUCAGAAAUUAUCACAUGUAUGAACGAUAGACGCUGAGCUUGCUGCUUCCCUAGCGACCUUGAGAAGACUGACUCAGGGUGGUGACCUUUGAGAACCAGCUCUUUGACCUUCCUGUUGGCGCUGCCCUUUGGCUCUUGGUCCACGAUGGAGACACUCUCCCAGGAUUCCCUGCUGGAAUGUCAGAUCUGUUUUAAUUAUUAUAGCCCGCGACGGAGGCCCAAGUUGCUGGAUUGCAAGCACACCUGCUGUUCGGUGUGCCUCCAGCAGAUGAGGACCAGCCAGAAGGACGUAAGGUGCCCGUGGUGCCGUGGCGUCACCAAGCUGCCCCCAGGCUUCUCUGUAUCACAGCUGCCCGAUGACCCCGAGGUCCUGGCAGUCAUCGCCAUCCCGCACACUUCCGAGCACACCCCAGUCUUCAUCAAACUUCCUAGCAAUGGGUGCUACAUGCUGCCCCUGCCCAUCUCUAAGGAGCGCACUCUCCUGCCAGGAGACAUGGGCUGCCGUCUGCUGCCAGGGAACCAGCAGAAGUCCCUCACCGUGCUGACCAUCCCUGCAGAACAGCAGCCCCUGCAGGGUGGAGCUCCCCAAGAGGCCGUGGAGGAGGAGCCCGACAGACGGGGUGUGGUGAAGAGUUCCACGUGGUCUGGCGUGUGCACUGUCAUCUUGGUGGCCUGUGUUUUGGUCUUCCUCUUGGGCAUCGUGCUACACAACAUGUCCUGCAUCUCCAAGCGCUUCACUGUGAUAUCCUGUGGUUGAAGCCUGUCACAGGGAUGCCUUUUGUGGGUGCCAACUUAGGGGGUAAGCAGGUGUUGGCGAUGGGGUCCCUGUGAUGGGGGUGACACACUGACCAUUUGGUGCAAGCGCUGGCCUCCGAUUGGCCACUUGAUUCACCUGAAGACAAGAGCAGAGGGUGAGGUCUCAGCAAGCUCCCAGGAGAACUGUUUGGAGAUGGUGACAGCUGUGAAGAUGUGUGCAUGCUUCCUCAUAAUUGUGUAUUCAAUGGGCUGUAAUUUAUGAUUUUCCAAAAUCGUUUUCCCAAGUUAGGCUUUUCUACUUAGACAUGAAACUGUACACGUGGGUGCAAUGAGCUCUCUCAAUACGGUAGAUUGUAGGUUAAAACAGAUGCUGUGUGCCCAAGUAGAAUUAAACCUCAAAUCCAUGCUAAAAGAAAAAAAAACUAGUGAAGACACAGAGCUGGGGUGUGUGUGUGUGUGUGUGUGUGUGUGUGUGUGUGUGUGUGUGUGUGUGUCUGCAGCCUGGUCUUCAUGACCUUUUUAUACAUUUUGAAUGACACCCAAAUCAAAAUAAAACAGAGCUUUUGGUUGUUUGAAGAAGGUAUUUGAACAGGUGUCUCCAGUGUCUUGUGUAUUGUCGUGUUCCUUCAUUCCUCCUCAUUUGUGAUUAGAGCUUGCUACGUGUUUGUUAAGCUGGAAGCCCAGUAGGUGAGUGAUGAACUGGGAAACAAUGGGAAAUGCCUAAUUCCCCAGGAAACCUAUAUGCCAAUAUUUCUCAAGCCAUCCCACGAAAUAAGAAUUUAAAAUGUAAAUAUUGUGAAUCUGUGUGUGUACUUUGUGUGUGUAAACUGAUUUACCUCAGAUGUUUGAGUUUUUCCUGAAGAAUCCUGGGAGGAAGACUUUGCAGGCAUGCACAAGCCUCAUGUCUAAAACACUGACCUCCUCGUCAGUGCCUGGAUCUUCCCCUUCGAGAGUCCCCCACACAUCUCCUGCAAUACCCACUGGCUGCUCUGCUGUGUGAGGUCCUGUGUCAGUAAGACACGGGUGGGGAAUGUCAGGAGAACUCGUCACUUCCCCCAAGUUUGGAGAUUGUUGUGUGAAAUUCACAACUGUUGCUUACUGAUGGCACACCUAGACAGGCAUUUUCAUAGACAGUCCUUGAUCGUUUUUCAAGAUGUUCCUGUAAGAGUUAACCUGUUUAGAAUUGCAAUUUCAUCUUGUUGGAAUCAGCAAGAAAAUGUUUUAUGUUUCAAAAUGUUUCUACUGACAAAAGUAGCAUGGCAAAGAAAAACUGGUGUUCCCUGUGUAAGUGGACCAGUUUCUCCUGAGUGCUCAACUGUUUUGAAAUGUGAAUUCAUGAAGAAAGAUUAGUUAGGCUGAAAGGAUCAGUCCCUGUCCCUGGCUGUGUGUGCAUUCAGAAAUAACUGUCAGCUCGAUAGUCCUCUUUGAACUCCUUUUGUGAUAUUGUCAAGGAAUCCACUCUUUGCUGUUCUUUUGAAUCCCUGAAAUGGUAGGAAGGAUGGGAAAAGCAACGGAAAGAUAAGCAGUGACUGGCGGGCUCUCCGAAGCAAAGACAGAAGCAGUCCUGUAACAUGGAGGCAGCGUAUUGGCAUGCUAGCCUUCAUCUUCAUGCAGCACAGCAGAUGUGUACUAAAGUGAUGGCUUUGCUCUGGGAAAAAAAAAAACCCAAAGAAUAAUAGCUAGAACACAAAGCUGACAAUUGGCACGAAAAUUCAACAUCAAAUUAUGAGCUCUAGUUUUUUAAAUCUUUCAAAUUUGUAAGACCUUUAGAAAAAACUGUAUUUGAGGGCUCAAACUAGAAAUUAGGUUAAAAUACCAUUUUAUCUUGUAAGCUAUUGGGCAUUAUACAACAAAUAAUCUAGGAUUUAUUUGGCAUUAAUAAUUUAGGUAUCAUAUUAUCUGAAUACUAUCCUCUAUUAUGUAACAUAAUAUACUGUUGGGUUAGUAUCAAUUUCUCAAACUCCCAGGCUGCUAUAAUGCAUGUCUGACCUAAUUUCUAUCUCACUUGGAGGGGAAAAGAUACAUAGACAGAAAUGUUGCAUUAAGGAUGGUACGUUCCCAAUGGACUUUACCCUAGCAAUUUUAAGACAGGCCACAUUUAAAUUAAUUUGUGAGAGCUAUCUACAUACCUUUCUACACAGUAGAAAAAACGACUGAUCCUAUAGUGCAAUGUGUGAUAGGGUUCUAGCUGUUUAGGAGGCCAUUUAUAGACACUAAUGUAUGUGUUAAUAUGGUGUCCUGUGUUUUUUAUUGCAAAGUUGUAGAGCAAAAAUGUCCACAGACCUGUUACUUAACAACAGUUCAUGCUAGAGCUGCAGUUAAGCAAAAUCGGUUGCUCCCUGGUAGAUCCUUGACCUUACAACCUGACAUUCAGAGCUUCUGUGUGUGGGCUUGAUCUAAGAAACAUUAUUUAACACUGUUGAACUAGAUUCUGCCUGUAGUUUGCAUAUGUGCUUGUUAGGAUUUGUGUAUGUGUGUCGGGGCGGGGGCGGGGGGAGAGAGAGACCUGCCAAUUUCUAUAUACUCAAUGUUUCAGCUUUUUCUGGAAUUUACCUGCAAUGCUAAAAACCUAUCUACCCAUGUGACACAAACAACCAGGGCUGAGAGUCACACAUCAGUGGCAAGCACAGAAGUUACAGCUGAAAGGAGCCUCUAGUGCUUCAUCUUGUAGAUGAGCUCACUGUGGAGGAGGGGGUGGGAGUGGAGAGGAGUGUACAGUUGGUAACUCUGUGGCUAGAGGAUAAGACCUGUGUACUGCUGUGCCCUGUUACCCCUCCCUUGCAUGCCACCUUCUCUGUCAGGCUAUGAUUCUUUACAGGGUCUAUGAAUACUCUUUGCUAUGUCAGCUCUCGCUUUAAGGGUUGUUUCAGAGAUUAAUUUCUUUUUAGGUAUCGUCCUCUCUGGGAAGAAAAGAAGGGUUGAUUUAGUGAUGAACACAGCUAUUGAAAGAAAGCUUCCAAACUGUAUGGUUUGAAUAUGUAGACGUGUGAAACAUUGUCCAGGACCCUUUCCCCCAUAUAUCAAGGACAAUGAGUGUUGUGUAAAUAGUAACUUAUAAGAAGCAUGAAUUUCCUCUUUAUUAAUGAUCUUGACAUAAGCAAGAGAAUGCUUACCAUGCUGAGUGGAGCCAAGUGUGCCGCCUCAUAUGCUGUCUCUAGAAAAUUUUUGUAUAAUGCCCUGGGACAUAAAUUGUGAUGACGUAGGCAAACUGGCUCUGAGUUUCAAUUUAAGGUAUUUUCUUUAAAUAUAUAACUCAAUCUCACCCCCUGCAUGACCGCAGAGUGGGCCUGGUGGAGUGUCAUCUGUGUGUUGGUUCAGUUCUUGGAAUUUCCUAGGUCAGUGCUGUUGGAUAAGUGGAAACCAGUCUGUAAUCUGUGCUGUCCAGUCGAAUGGCUACUAGUCACAUGGUUGUUGGGCAAUUAAGUGGGGGAACGACUGCAGAAGUGGCAUUUAAAUGGUAUUUAAUUUUAAGUAAUUUAAAGUUCAACAUUCCCAUGUGGCUUGUGGCUACCACAUUGGUCAUAAUGACAUCAAGAGGUUCACAAAGUAACAAGGCCAAGAGAGUUUGCAGGCUAGUAACAGUUUCCCAAAGAAGAUUCCUUUCUAGGCUUAAAGAAGUUUAUGAGCUUGGGGGUGGGAGGUGAUAAUAAAAUCUCAUCCAUUGUCCUUUGGGGUUAUUAUUUAGAUACUUUGGACAAAGGUAUGAACAGUAAAAUUUAGAGAGAGCUUUAUUAAGCCCCUCUUCUGGGGCCAUUAACUGCAUGUGAAUCUGUUGUCCAAAGCUCAUAGCUAGGUAGUAGCUGUAAAAUUUUGACUUGCAAGCUGUGCAUGACCUGUGCUGUGAAACUGUGUUUAGGGUCUUGUGGCCAAAAAGAGUCAAUGUUACAGAAAAUCAAAUAAAUAAGAGUCUGAUGAAAUCCCCGCUCACUUCUGAUCUCUUUCCCGACCUCAUCACUGUAUCAGUGAGGUGAGAAAUCCAAGAGUACGCUGCUUCCUGGUGUUCGGAGUGCUUGUGUUUGCCCUUGAAGUCAGCCAGCUUGUCAUUGUAUUUGGUGUGGACAUAUGUGGGUGUAAUUUUCUGGAUGCCAAGCUAAAACAGAGGCACUAUUUUUAGAGUGAGAUGUGACAUUGUUUUAGUGUCUCUCUUUUUAAGUUUAGUUAUCAUUAAAGGUUUGAAACUUUGCACAAAGGCACUUUUACAUUUUUCAUAGUUAAAAAAAAAAACAAAACAUGGCCCAGUAGAAUUUAGAAAAUGAAAGGUUAUUGCAACUACUCUAUAGAAUUACUUUUCAGUAAGUAAAGGGAAGCAGAAAAUUCAGCUUGAGAUUCAUUUUUUUAUAUAAAGAUCAGACUGUUGCUGAUAGUCUGGCAUUUAGUCAUGCUUAGAUUUGGGUUUAAAGUGCUCCUGUUCCUUCAUCUGAAAAUCUCUGCUGUGUCAAAAUUGCUUAGCCUGCCUCUCCAUUGCUCUCAGUGUAAUAGCAACCAAGCAUGUUUGCUUUAAUGGAGCAGAAUUGGGCUGGGUUUCCAGUUCUGCAGCGUUCAGGAGGAAAGACUACUCCUUGGGGCCUGUCUUUAACUUGUAUCUGUAUGUUGGCCAAAUGUUAUUUUCUUAUGUCUUUUAGUUAGGAGGGCAAAAGUUAUUCAUAUGCUAUGGGUUAUACCCACAUGACUGCAGCUCCUCUUUCCUAGAAGAAUGAUGCUAUGGACCAGGCAGCAUUUUAUAACCACACCAGAAGUUGACCAACUCUCACCGGCGACCUAGAUGGAAAAGUUGCUUUUUGACAUUUCCACCAUACUCAGUAAAACAUCUCCUGCAAGAUAACCCUUACCCAAACAGAAACUCUAGGCAACACUCAAGAUAAUUUACUCAUGGUGUCUAUUUGAAGGAGACAGUUGUUGGAUCUUUUUCAACCUGAAACUCUUGAAAAAUAAGUGGAAAUUCAAGCCAUUUUUUUUCUGACACAAUUGACUUACUACACUAUACUACACACACACACACACACACACACACACACACUUUAGCUGUAAUUGGAGAUAAAUUAAAGUAGAAAAGAUUAUCAACACUAUUUUUCUUCAUUCAUGGAUCACAAAAUGUGGAAUUUAUAUGUUAAUUUUUAAGCAGCUGCUAUGAUCUCCAUAUACUGUGUCAAACCAACUACCUUGGGGAAUGUCUUAAACUCUUAAGACUCAUCUCCAUAUGUAAAGAGGUGGGUAAUCCUAUACAACACCAUCUCCAUAUGUAAAGAGGUGGGUAAUCCUAUACAACAACAUCAUCUCCAUAUGUAAAGAAGUGGGUAAUCCUACAUAACAUCAUUGGAAAGCCAAUGAUUGCUGAGGCACUGAGCAGAUGGUACAUUUAAUUUCUGACUUCUGAAUAGCUUUUCUUUUUUUCUUUUUUGGUUCCUGUUAUGUGUCAAGAUUGUAAACCACUAUCCUCAAACUCCUCCAAUGUGACUCAGUUUCUCUGCACACUUCCUUACCUAGGUUGUUCUGGUCAAUGGUCUUUUGAUUUUUCCCUAUUCACUGCCUGGGGUAUCCACAUGUGUGGAUCGCAUGCUGUAGCGGUGCUUGAAAAAUGCUCAUUUCAUUAUCUGGAUUUUAAUGUAAGAAAGGUUUUUUUAAUACUAUUCAUAUUAUGUUUUUAGGGACAAUCAGCCAUUAGAACAAAAAUACUGAGGGGCCGCCUGAGAGUCUCAACAGCGAGGUUUUUCUCAAUCUUUACAGAAUCAUAGCCUGUAUCUUUCCCUGUUUUCCCGGAUCACUGUUCCGAAUGCAUCACUAGAUGGAGGGCUGUAGCCCACAGGACAGUCUCCUGUAAUCUUCCUGCCCAAUGAGUUACUGCGUUAUUCUAACAGGAGCUUUCCAAUGGGACUAGUCGAUCUUUAAUUAGACAUUUACUUUUUGAUAAUCCAGUAUGGUUGGGUGUGUUGGUGGCAAGGAAGUGUGGUGUAGAAAGAGAAACAGAUGUGCCAAGUAUGUCCUUCAGGGGACAAACGGAUAUCUAUGUGGUCUCCGCACAGGGAGAGAAGGCUGGGGUGGUUGUCUCCUACUGGGCUGGCUAACUGGGCUCAAAACCAACCCACUGCCAAGGAGCCCUGCCUGAGGGAAAAGUGGAAACAAAUUCCUGGGCUCUGAACAGAUGGGACGAUAUGCCUGGAAAAGGAGAAACUAUUUUUAAAAAGAGAGGGAAAUCUGUGAUGAGAUUAUGGCUUCAAAAGAAGACCCGGCACUAUAUGUCAGCCAUGGGAGAAGCCAGUUGAAGGCAGUAACAUGUGAUCUGGGCUGACUUCAUCAAGCCCGCUCAUUCCAUCAUGGACCACCCAAUUCAGUUCAGCAUGCUCAAGUUGAAGACACAAAGGGAAAGCGCUUGGCCGAGGGGGAAGUUCCCAAGGAGUUCUUAUCUUUCCUGCCAUCCUCUCUGAUGUUCUUGGGUUAUCAAGGCUGUAGAAAAUUCCAGGGCCUGCUGUGGAGUUGGCAUAGAGUCGGUCAUACCAAGUGAACCCUCUUUGCUGUGGAAAACUCAUAAUGCAAUGAGUCUACUGUGACUUGAGUGCUACUGUGGGAAAAAUAAGCUGAAGAAUAUUAUGGUUGUAUUCUGGCUGCUGCCAUUUAUUAUAUGCCUGUAUUUCACCACUUGUUUGUGUGUCCUCAUUUGAUGGUUAUGGUGUGGAAAUUGCUUUCAGCUUGGGAAAUUGGCCACAAACUCCCAACAGAAGACAUACAUAAUCACCCUCUUGCUUCCUUCCAUUCUUCAAGCUCCACACAUGGGCUUCCUAGUCUAGGAUAAGUGCAGUCAAAGGGUGAGGUCAGUGCUGCUCCGAGGCUGUAAGUUUCAGUUCCUGACAUGUUUCAUUUAUAAUCAUGGAGACUAUUUAUUUGGGGAGCUUUUCUUUUAAAGGGCCAAAUUGCCCUACAGAUAAAUGAGCUGCAGGGCAGUGUAGAAAUUCUUGUCCAAAUGUUGCCAAAUACUGACUUCAUAAUGGGAUCUCAAGCUGCUGUUUAUUCAUCUGAAUGUCUAAAAGCAUCCCUGCUUGCUCUCUCUGUUAUAGAUGGUGUCUUAGCCAGUCUGAGUUUUUUCAAUGAACUGAUUUUAAUAUAUGGUAUUUUUGUAUACCAAACUGGUGUCUUGUCCUUUGUAUAUGUGCUAAUGUUCAUUUUAUGACUACUGUUAAAACACAUUUGCUAUGAUUAAAAUUCAAAAUGAUUUCAAGUAGA